AAUGGCAGCGCUCUUUCUCCACGACUUCCUCGUCGAGGACAAUGGCAAAGAGGAAGCGCUACACCGAAAAUGGCAACAGCGAUGGACAAGGCGCCACAGAUGGUGGUAGCGGAGGCGAUGAGCAAGACUACGGCAACCAGUCCCUACCGGUAGCCGUCUUGCCGCCAGAUUUCGAUGGCAUCCCACUCGAUGGAGCCACGUACCUCGCCAUGGUACGCCAAGAGGCCGCAACGCAUCCAGCUGUCUUCACCGCAGCGCAUAAUCCCUACGCCACCAUCGCAGCCGUCCCAUCACUACCCGCUGUCAGUAGAGCGACGGAGCUAGGCAUACCAAGCGAAGAAUGGCGCGACGCCUUCCUCGAACGAUUCAAGGCCAUGAGAGAGGCCCUUUCCCUCACCCCGUCCACCUCUCUCAGUCGCAAUAAUGUCGCCCGCAUGCCCAAGCCACGAUCAAGCGAUGCGGGUAACAAGGCGUGGUUUCGCUUCAUCUUUGGAAGGGAGCGACCGACAGAUCAGAAUGGAGAGAUGAUUGAAGUGGAUGGCGACGAGGGCCCUGAAGGCGAGGAAGACGCUGAAGAGAAAGUAGAGGCGCAAGGAGGCGAAGAUGAAGCAGGCUCUUCAACUGCUCGUCCCCCUUUGCAACCAACCUCCUCGCUGCUCACUCGCUUCACGACUGGGCAGAUCCUCAGCCUGCUGCAUCAUCUGCCGUACUGGUUCACCAUCCGACUCGAGCGGCAAUCAGUCGACGCGCCUUCAGCUCACCCACCAGCUAUCCCAUCUCUCCUCUCACAAUGGUGCUUCGCCCUGCUGGCGAAGCUAGACACACGACUGGUCUCCGACGACAUUUCCACCCUGCGGACCCUAGCGAGGGCGAGCAUUGCUGCUGUUGCGAUGAGGAGGCUGCAACUGAGUGAACAAACUGAUGACGAGACGGACGAGGGGGAAGAUGAGGAGCAAAGGGCCGAAGCGGGAGCAUGGACGGUCGUCAAUAUUGUUGCGGGUCUUUGGGGCCAAACUGAUCUGUGGGAGUCAGCUGAGGAGGAUUUGGGAAGGAUCCCAAGGAGACAGAGAGGAGCAGAACUCUCGUCGGCAGCGGGAGCGGCAAAGACGAGCGAGUGAAGAAACAAGGCGCCUGCUGCGACGCCUCACAUUGUAUCAUUAGCACAUCAGAUGACUCUCUAUGCCCCUCUCUAGGAUCCAAUCUAUCAGCCUGCAUCGCGGUAUCAU